AUGGAUCUGAUCAUGAUGAACACAGUGGUGCCCAAGAUGGCAGCUAAUCUCUUGGGCCAUAAGUUCAUCUCUUGGGGUGGCUGUUCUACUCAGGUCUUCCUAGUGGUCAUGGUAGGAGGAGCAGAGUGCUUCCUCUUGGCAAUCAUGGCCUAUGACUGGUAUGUGGCAGUCUGCCACCCCCUGCAGUAUCCUGUGCUUAUGAACUGGCAGGUUUGCUCCCUCCUGGCCCUGGCAUCCUGGAUGGGUGGGGUGGCUGACAGUGUUAUGGAUGUGGGCAUUGUCUUAAGUUUCCUCUGCUGUCACUCUCUGGAGGUGGAUCACUUCUUCUGUGAGGUCCCUGCCUUGCUGCACCUCUCAUGUGUUGACACCUCGCUCUUUGAGGAUCUCAUCUAUGCUUGCUGUGUGGUCAUGCUGCUGCUGCCGCCCCUUGGUGUCAUUGUGGUUUCCUAUGCCCAGGCCCUUGAAGCUGUCAUUAGGAUUCCCUCCACUGAGGGUAAACAGAAGGCUCUGACCACUUGUUCCUCCCACCUGGCCGUGGUGGGUCUGUACUAUGGAGGAGCCAUGUUCAGCUACAUGCAGUGGGCCUCCACUAAAACACCAGCGAGAGAGAGACCAAGCCACCUCCAUCUUCUACACCAUCCUCACUCCAAUGCUCAACCCACUCAUUUACAGUCUGAGGAACAGGGACUGUUUUAA